AUGGCCAGCGGUAGGCCCCCUGGGUCGCAUCCAGCUGGCCACGAUGAUGAUCUACUGCUAGACUCAGGAUCAGGCCCUAUCUACAACUCCGGUCAACCCCCGCCCGUGAACGAUGACCAUCUCUUGCGCCAAUACAACAUAGACGAUUCCGACGAGCCCCAUGCGCAGCCGCGCCCUUCCGUGUCCUAUGACAACUUUGUCGGCAAUUCAGCACAGCGAGCUGGAGCUCAAUACCAUGCGGCCCCUGCUCCUGCGCAUGGCGAUGCCGGCGUCUUUCUUCACGAUCCCUACACGGACUCCGGCAUGAGCCGCACCUAUUCCCAAACAUCAGGCCUCGCGAACUACCAGCGCUAUUCCUUUGACGAACUCGAAGAUAACCAUUCCGGAUAUUACGACCUCGACCCAGACGAUGACCGCGGACCGAGCGCGCAUCAUGUACGGAAAGCGAACGAGCGGAAUAGCAUCUUGGGCUUGGGAGGUGGAUUGAUGGGGAAAGCUAAAUACAUGUUUGGCAUGGGGAACCAAUACUCGGAGAUGGACCUACCUCUGACUGAGGCCGGAGCUAGGAGGGCGACUGUUGACAGUGGCACUGAUCCCAGAGCUCCCCCCCAAGGCCAAGAAGAAGUUCCAGGCUUCCGGCCGAUCCAUCGACGAUGGGCCCCCCGUAUCAUCCAAAUCAAUAACCCGCCCGCGAAUGCCGUCCACAAAUACGUCAAUAACCAUGUGUCGACCGCCAAAUACAACUUCAUCACCUUCGUCCCCAAAUUCCUCUUCGAACAAUUCUCGAAAUACGCCAACUUGUUCUUUUUGUUUACCGCUAUCCUACAACAAAUUCCCAACGUCUCCCCCACGAAUAAAUUCACCACUGUCGUUCCGCUGGCUAUUGUCUUGUUGGUGUCGGCCAUCAAGGAAUCAGUAGAGGACUAUAAGCGUCGCAUGUCGGAUAAAGGGUUGAAUUAUUCGAAAACACGGGUCCUUCAAGGGUCCUCAUUCCACGAGACGAAAUGGGUUGAUGUCAAGGUCGGAGACGUGGUUCGCGUCGAGUCGGAGGAGCCUUUCCCCGCAGAUCUGGUCCUCUUGGCAUCGUCCGAACCCGAAGGUCUCUGUUAUAUCGAAACAGCCAACUUGGAUGGAGAAACGAACUUGAAGAUCAAGCAAGCCAUUCCGGAAACUGCGCACCUCGUUAGUCCCAGUGACCUGAGUCGUCUGAGUGGCCGUGUCCGAUCCGAACAACCCAACAGCAGUCUUUAUACCUACGAAGCUACCUUGACGAUGAACGCUGGAGGUGGAGAGAAGGAACUGUCGCUAGCUCCGGAUCAGUUGAUGCUUCGAGGUGCGACUCUGCGGAAUACCCCGUGGAUUCACGGUAUUGUCGUUUUCACUGGUCACGAAACCAAGUUGAUGCGAAACGCGACGGCCACCCCUAUCAAGCGAACUGCUGUGGAGCGUAUGGUGAAUAUUCAAAUCUUGAUGCUUGUGAGCAUUCUCAUCGCUCUCAGUAUCAUCAGUUCCGUUGGCGAUCUUGUCAUCCGUAAGACGAAGUCCUCCGAGCUCAGAUACCUCGACUACGGCGACACCAAUAUGGUGAAGCAGUUUUUCCUGGAUAUCUUCACAUACUGGGUGCUUUACUCCAACUUGGUUCCUAUCUCUUUGUUCGUCACCAUCGAAAUCGUCAAAUAUUUCCAAGCCUAUCUCAUCAACUCCGAUCUGGACAUCUACUACGACAAAAGCGAUACCCCAGCUACUUGCCGAACUUCUUCAUUGGUCGAAGAACUUGGUCAGAUCGAGUAUAUUUUCUCUGACAAGACUGGUACAUUGACUUGCAAUAUGAUGGAAUUUAAGCAGUGCUCCAUUGGUGGUAUACAGUACGGAGAUGACAUCGCCGAGGACCGACGGGCGGCUGGAGAGGACGACGGGGAAUACGGCAUCUAUGACUUCAAGACUCUUCGCCGUAACAUGCAAUCCCACCCAAGCCAGGACCUCAUCAAGGAGUUUCUUACUCUAUUGGCGACUUGUCAUACUCAACCCGGAAGAUAUCAAGUACCAGGCCGCCUCCCCGACGAGGAGGCUCUUGUCGCUGGCGCCGCCGAGCUUGGAUACCGGUUCACCAACCGUAAACCCAGGUCCGUCAUCUUCACAACCGAUGACAGACGCGAUUCCGAGUAUGAGCUGUUAGCCGUGUGCGAGUUUAACUCCACCCGGAAGCGUAUGUCGACUAUUUUCCGUUGCCCCGAUGGCAAGAUUCGCAUUUAUUGCAAGGGUGCCGAUACUGUUAUUCUCGAGCGUCUCCACGCGAACAACCCGAUUGUGGAAACUACUCUUCAGCAUCUUGAAGAGUACGCAUCAGAGGGUCUGCGAACUCUGUGCCUGGCCAUGCGCGAGAUCCCAGAGGAUGAGUACCAGCAGUGGCAUAAGAUAUUCGAAACAGCCAACACCACUGUCAGCGGUAAUCGUGCAGAGGAACUUGACAAGGCUGCCGAAUUGAUUGAGAAGGACUUUAACCUUUUGGGUGCAACUGCUAUUGAGGAUCGACUGCAGGACGGUGUCCCGGAUACUAUCCACACCCUGCAGACAGCUGGUAUCAAGAUCUGGGUUCUGACUGGUGAUCGACAAGAAACAGCCAUCAACAUUGGCAUGUCUUGCAAACUUAUCUCCGAGGAUAUGACGCUUCUGAUUAUCAACGAGGAGUCAGCAGAUGCCACGCGCGACAAUUUGCAAAAGAAACUAGAGGCUGUCAAGACUCAAGCCAACUCAGGCGAUGUCGAGCCCCUUGCUUUGGUGAUUGAUGGAAAAUCCUUGACUUAUGCGCUGGAGAAGGACAUGGAGAAGUUGUUCCUGGAUCUUGCCGUGACCUGCAAAGCUGUGGUCUGCUGCCGUGUCUCUCCUCUCCAGAAGGCUUUGGUCGUUAAGCUUGUCAAGCGUCACCUGAAGUCCUUGCUUCUUGCCAUUGGUGAUGGUGCGAACGACGUGUCCAUGAUUCAAGCCGCGCAUGUUGGUGUUGGUAUCAGUGGUAUGGAAGGUCUCCAGGCCGCUCGAUCUGCCGAUGUGGCUAUUGGUCAAUUCCGUUUCCUCCGCAAGCUUCUCCUUGUACACGGUGCCUGGAGUUACUCUCGUAUCAGUCGAGUCAUUUUAUACUCGUUUUAUAAGAACAUCACGCUGUAUAUGACUCAAUUCUGGUACUCUUUCCAAAACGCCUUCUCUGGAGAGGUCAUCUACGAGUCAUGGACGCUCUCCUUGUAUAACGUUCUGUUCACCGUUUUGCCUCCGUUCGCUAUGGGAAUCUUCGACCAGUAUAUUUCCGCUCGUCUACUCGAUCGCUACCCCCAGUUAUACCAGCUGGGUCAAAAAGGUCUUUUCUUCCGCAAGCACAGUUUCUGGGCUUGGAUUUUGAAUGGAUUCUUCCACUCACUCCUCCUCUAUCUCGUUUCCGAGCUUCUAUUCUUCUGGGACCUGCCCAUGGCGGAUGGAAAGGUCGCCGGUCACUGGGUAUGGGGAGAAGCACUAUACACAGCCGUCCUCGCCACCGUUCUAGGAAAGGCAGCACUGAUCUCCAACACCUGGACGAAAUACCAUUUCAUCGCAAUCCCCGGCUCUAUGUUCCUUUGGUUGGUUUUCAUCCCAGCCUACGGCUACGCUGCCCCGGCCAUCGGCUUCUCGCAAGAAUACUACGGCACCGUCCCCGUUCUCUUCAAACUUCCUCAAUUCUACCUGAUGGCUCUCGUCCUCCCGUGUAUCUGUCUGAUGCGUGAUUACGCCUGGAAAUACGCAAAACGCAUGUACUACCCCCAGCAAUACCACCACGUGCAGGAAAUUCAGAAAUUCAACGUGCAGGAUUACCGUCCCCGAAUGGAACAGUUCCAAAAGGCCAUUCGAAAGGUUCGCCAGGUCCAGCGUAUGCGCAAACAGCGUGGCUAUGCUUUCUCUCAGGCUGAUGAUGGUGCUCAAAUGCGUGUCUUAAACGCAUACGAUACGACCAAGGGUCGUGGUCGUUACGGAGAAAUGGCCAGCUCCAGACCUCCAGGUUUCUGA